AUGGGUAGUGAUAGAAAAGUAAUCAGCGUAAAAUUUAAUCAAGAUCAGAAUAAUUGUGCUCUUUUGAAUCAAAUCCAUGUCUUUUCAUUUCCAACCCCAACACAGAGGCUAUUUACAUUAGAAACUAGGGAAAAUCACGAGGACUAUGUGAUGUUAGUCCUCUUACUUCUGCAGAAAAACAAAUUUUGGUUUUCCCUGGCCACAAGCUUGGCAGUGUUCAGUUAG